GUGUAAUGCGUCUGAUUAACAAUAGAUGAUUUUACCUUUCUUUUUCUCUUUUCUUCUUUUGUAACAUGCUGCUUCAACAGAUCCUUGCUCUACUGGCGCUUCCUACUAUAAUAGCAGUAUAUGCUAAAAGCCCAGUAGAGGAGCCCAAGCUACUGAGGGUGCCCUUAAAGAGAAGAACUAAGCCUUUACAUCAGCUACUUCAAAGGCGUGAUGUAUUCAGCUCCAAAAUAUAUAAUGAUCAAGGAUCCUUGUACUUGAUCCCUAUAUCUAUCGGCACGCCGCCACAGACAUUUCACCUUGCACUUGAUACCGGAAGUUCUGAUUUAUGGGUCCCUGGAGCACAAUGCCCAAAUUCUGUAUGCCCAUUUUCCAAAUUUGAUGAAACAAAAUCAAAUUCUUUUAAACCAUCUACAAAGAUUUUUGAUGUUACCUAUGGAUCAGGCACAGCAGCAGGCGUCUAUGCCUUUGACACCGUUACUAUAGCUGGUGCCACUGUACAGCAACAGCAAUUUGGAUAUGUUGUUCAACAAAAGAACAUUUUAACACAAAUGGCGACACUCACAGGUCAAUCAUAUACACCAAGCAACGACAGUAAAAACGAAAUUCAAGUCGAUGGUAUUUUUGGAUUAGGAUAUCCAUUCAUUACUGCGGCCUAUACCACUGCUCCUUACAACCCAUUCUUUUUCAAUCUCAAACAGCAACACCAACUUUCUCAAAACAUCUUUUCUAUUUAUCUAAACAGCUCUCAAGCAUAUGGUUACUCGGGCGAAAUCAUUUUUGGUGGAAUUGAUAAUUCAAAAUAUACUGGCAGCAUGUACUACCUGCCUGUUGCGCCAACCAUGAGAACUUCUCGAGGCGCACAAGCCAAAGCUGACUAUGGCUUCUGGCAAGUCUAUGGUCAAGGCAUUGGUGUCGUCAACAGUAACAACACACUUACUUCUGUAGUCGCAUUUCAAGAUACAGUACCCUUCAUUUUUGAUACAGGCACAACAAUGUCCUACUUUCCUACAAAGGCCGUUGAGACAAUACUUGUGCAAUCUAUAGGAAAGCCAAAUUUGGCUUACGAUAUGCUCAAUAAUUAUUUUCAAGUAAAUUGUUCUGUUGCUAGACAAACCAAUGCAAUGAUUCAGCUUCAAAUGUCUCUCACUAAUGCAAAAACAGAUCAGCCCGUUACCCUCAAUGUACCACUAAAGGAUCUCAUUUUACCGCUGGACUCUAAUUACAUAAACACAGCCACAGUAUGUAUGGUUGGAAUAAUACCAAGCGAAAACAACAUCUUCAUUGGUCAGUCCAUGUUGCGAAGCGCCUAUGUUGCUUAUGACGUCGAUCAGAAUCGUCUUGGUGUUGCAGUUGCUGUGGGAUCAUCAGCGGUCAUAUCGGGGCCGUCUAAUGCUGCUUCCUCUUCCCCCAAUACCCCCAAUACUGGUGUUGGUGUGUCAGGUACUAACCAAAAUCAGGUGCUUCGCAAUAGUGGGUUGGCAAUUCGACCCAACUUGGCUCAAAGCGUGUAUUAUAUUGUCAUUACUAUUCUUAUUUAUUUACAUUUAUAAAUAAAUCUCUAUUUAAUCUCGGUUGAUAGUAACAGCAACAAUUCAUCAUUUUACUAAGCAAAAAUACGCUGAUCAAAACUUACAAUGGAA